AUGGUAAAGGGAAGAAAUGUUACAGAAAUCACCCAGUUCAUUCUCUUGGGGUUUUCAGAUUUGCCUAGAAUCUUAAUGGUGCUCUUCAUUGUGUUCCUGUUAAUGUACAUUACCACUCUGACCUGGAACCUGAGCCUUAUUAUAUUAAUAAGGAUGGACUCCCACCUCCACACACCCAUGUACUUCUUCCUCAGCAACCUGUCCUUCAUAGAUAUCUGCUAUGUGACCACUACAGUCCCCAAGAUGCUCUCAGGAUUCUUCCAGGAGCAGUCAACUGUCACUGUCAUGGGUUGUACUGUUCAAUACUUUGCUUUUUCAUGGAUGGGCCUGAGUGAGUCUUGUGUCAUGACAGCCAUGGCUUAUGAUCGCUAUGCUGCCAUUUGUAAGCCACUCCUCUAUUCAUCAAUCAUGUCGCCCACCUUUUGUGUUCAGAUGGUGUUGGGAUCCUAUGUGGCUGCACUCUCGGGUGCUGUAGCCCAAUUGUGUGCCAUUCUUCGACUUUACUUCUGUGGACCUAAUAUCAUCAAUCACUUCUUCUGUGAUUUGCCCCAAUUGUUAAACUUAUCCUGUAAUGACACUUUCCUUUCACGAGUCAUACUGGCUAUAGUCACCUUGUUCUUUGAAGUAACCAAUGCCCUGCCUAUCAUGAUAUCCUAUGUCUAUAUUGUCCUCUCUAUCUUAAAGAUCACUUCAGCUAAAGGCAGAAUCAAGGCUUUCAACACAUGUGCUUCUCACCUGACAGCUGUCUCCUUCUUUUAUAUCUCAAGUAUAGUUGUUUAUUUGAGUUCCAGCACUGGAAGCUCUUCAACUGUUGACAGACUUGGAUCAGUGUUCUAUACUGUGUUGAUCCCCUUGUUGAACCCUUUGAUUUACAGUCUGAGGAACAGGGAAAUUAAAGAUGCCAUGAAGAAGCUUCCAAAGAAGAGAGGGCAUUGCUGA